AUGGUUACCCUCACCGAAGUCGAGGACGAGCACUUUCAGUCCAGCCAGGCUGAGCACGACCUUGACGAGGAUGACUUCACCGAUACUGAUUCCGAGAUUUCAAACGAAUCCGAUUUUGAUCCCACAAACGAGACGUUUGCCGAACGACUAUACGCCCUACGCGACAUCAUUCCUCCCACCACGAGAGGCUGGGUCUCCAGCCACGUCAGCUCCAUCUCGAGCAAGGCGUGGAGCGUUCUCUCCUUCAGCGGAAAAGGAGCCUGGGUCAUCACCACUUCGGCUCUUUUCUUCGGAGUCCCCUUUGCGCUGUCCUUUGCCCAGGAGCAGCAGCUCACCGCGAUGGAGCAGGAGUACAACAUGAGGCAGCAGGGCAGUGAGCUCUUGACCGCUGGCGCUGAUCAGGGCACCACCGCUGAGAAGGUGGGAAGUGCACUUGGUAGCAACCCGGCCAAGCCCUCCCUUUAA